AUGAGUAAGUCCCGAUCUGUUAUCUACAAGAAAACCUCCCGUGAUAAGGCGGUGAGUGUAUAUCUCGGUAAAAGGGAUUAUGUCGAUCACAUAGAGUCUGUGGAUCCAGUAGAUGGUGUUGUUUUAGUGGAUCCUGAUCUUCUUAAGGGAAAAAAAGUUUAUGUCACCCUAACCUGUGCAUUCCGCUAUGGUAAUGAGGAUAUUGAUGUCAUUGGCUUGACCUUCCGCAAGGACCUCUACUUUGCACGUACACAGGUGUAUCCUCCUGUAGAAGAUGUAAAAUGCCUCACAAAGGUCCAGGAGCGGCUAAUGAAGAAGCUGGGGAAUAAUGCAUAUCCUUUCUUGAUGGCGUUUCCUGACUACUUGCCGUGCUCAGUAGCUCUUCAGCCAGCUCCAACAGAUGUGGGCAAGGCUUGUGGUGUGGACUUUGAGAUCAAAGGAUUUUCAACAAGCAACUUAGAGGACAGAAUUCACAAAAAGAACUCCGUGCGACUAUUAAUACGCAAAAUCCAGUAUGCCCCUGAUCAACCUGGGCCUACACCCCGUGCAGAAACCUCCUGGCAGUUCUUUAUGUCAGACAAACCUCUGCAUCUGACAGCUUCCCUGUCAAAGGAGGUAUUUUAUCAUGGAGAGCCAAUUACUGUGGCUGUAACUGUGACCAACAAUUCGGAGAAAACAGUCAAGAAAAUAUCUACUUCAGUGGAACAGACUGCAAAUGUAGUGCUGUAUUCUAGUGACUUCUACACCAAGACUGUGGCUUUGGAUGAAUCUGAUGGAAAGGUGUCAUCAAAGGCUACUUAUAAUCACACCUUCACCCUUCUGCCUCUUCUGGCAUAUAACCGAGAGAAAAGGGAAAUUGCUCUUGAUGGCAAACUUAAGCAUGAGGACACCAAUCUGGCAUCUAGCACUCUUCUAAAGGAAGGCAUUGAUCGCACUGUUAUGGGAAUCCUAGUCGAUUACAAGAUUAAAGUGACUCUCACUGUCUCUGGCUUAUUGGGAGAUAUGACUUCAAGGUAUAGAAUCAUAAUGAUAUUAUUCAACUUGCAUACAAAAAAGUGCUUGUAG